AUGUCUACAUCAAAAUACACGCUGGACGAAAGUCUCGGUGAGUCAUGGGUGGAAUUAAACCCCGCGCAGCUGGCUGACAGAAUAACACCCUUGCCAUUCGGAAGUGGUGGAGAAGAGUAUCUUCGUCUGUUAAGAGAAGCCCAAAGGGACUCGACACACUCCUCAGCGAGACACUCUCUAGCUUCUUCGCGGCGAGACACACCCAGAGAUAGUCCCAAGAGCCCACCCAACAGUCCUAAUACCGAGCGAUCUACUGACGAUGAUCUCAAAGGAGUAUAUAUAAAUUACAGCUGUGCCAAGCUGAAACUAAUGUCGCGAGGAGCGUUCAUAUCAAUUGAUAGGGACUGGAAAUUCAAGCAUCCACUGGGCAUGACCAAAAGAAAAACUUACAGCAUUCGCACAGCCAAGGUCGGCAAGAAUGGGCUUUUCUCCAAGGAAGUUCUUUACACAUUAUUCUUGUCUAAUUUGCUGUCACUCAUCAUUGGCACUGGUUUUGGAGUAUGGCUGACCAGACGGGGACUGAUGAUGACACGUGUGGCUAUUGAGUGA